UUUUUCUAAGAUUCUAAACCCAACAACACACUAUUUUUGUCUUUGGAUUUUGGUUUCUCGCAAAUCUGAGGGUUCGGUUUUUUAGAACCAAAACCUUCGCUAUUUUCCUUUCUCUUCUCUCCAUACUCCAUUCCACAAAACCCUAAUUUCUAAACCCUAAACCUCUCGCCAUGUCCGAUCCCGAACCAAAAACCCGAACCCGAACCUACAACCCUUACAAGGACCUCGACGUCCCAAUCCAAAACCUCUACCACCUCCCAACUUCGCCGGAGUUCCUCUUCGUCGAGGAGGCCCGCCGCACGCGCCGCUCCUGGGGCGAGAACCUCACCUUCUACACCGGCUGCGGCUACCUCGCCGGAGCCCUUGGCGGCGCCACCGCAGGCCUCGUCGACGGCGUCAGGGCAUUCGAGUCCGGCGACACCGCGAAGCUCCGAAUCAACCGCGUGCUGAACGCGUCGGGGCACUCGGGUCGGGCCUGGGGGAACCGGGUCGGGAUAUUAGGGUUGCUCUACGCCGGAAUCGAGAGCGGGAUCGAGGCGGCGAGGGACGCCGACGACGUGUGGAACAGCGUGGCGGCGGGGCUCGGCACCGGCGCGCUGUACCGGGCGGCGAGAGGGGUGCGAUCGGCGGCGGUGGCCGGAGCUUUGGGCGGCGUUCUCGUCGGAGUCGCCGUGGCGGGGAAGCAGGCGCUGAAACGAUAUGUGCCUAUAUGAAUAUGAUCGUCACGUGGUUUGUGCGUGACACGAAAAUUUUCAAUUUUUUUUAUAAUUUAUCAAUUUUUGAGGGAUAAUUGAGGUUAAUUUAAGUAAUAGGGUAGAUUAUUAGUGUGUUAUAUUAUAUCCUAUAUGUUGUUGCUGUUGAAGGCACUAGGGUCUUGCGGGUUGCAAAGUUUUGGUGGAAUCCCAUAACGGUUUCAAUGUGUAAUUUGUUGAGUCAUUUUGUGAUGAAUAUUUAUUAGUUGGAUAUGGAUUAUAGUAUUAAAAAUAGUAAUUCUUGUGUUUCCUUGUUC